CGUCACUCGUCAUUGUCAAGAAGAUUAACCAAAAUAUUUAAAAGAAUCCUCAAGAGUUUUUAAUGGUGUUUUAAUUGCCGGUAUUUUACCAAAAAUGAGUGUUAAUCCGGUAAUACUUCAAAAAGCCUUACGAGACAACGCUAAUGAUCUGCAAGAUUUUUGCAAAGAUUUACAAAACUGGGGCGAAGACAUGAAACGUAAAGAAGAGGCUCUUAGAGGAGAAGCUAAUCAGCCAAUGUCUACAAAUAAAAUAAGGAAGACUCAUAAAUCAGCAAAGAAAGUCAGUGUCAUUGAGACAUCCAAAAAACCUAUUUCUAAGUUCACUUCUACAGAUUAUGCAGCAUGGGAUAAAUUUGAUGUUGAUGCUGAGCUGAAUAAACUUGAAGAAGAUAUACAAGAUGAUUCUGACCUUACUGAUGAAUGUAAUGACAAUAUAUUUGAUGAAGCCAUUGUUGAAAAAGAAAAAGGAAAUAAGUUUGUAAAAUGUCAGAAAUGGAAUGAGGCAGUCAAAUGUUACACCAAAGCAAUUGAAUGUUACUCAUAUGAUCCAAUUUUCUAUGCAAAUAGAGCAUUAUGUUACCUCAAGCUCAGUAAGUUUGAGGAAGCAGAAAGAGAUUGUGAACUAUCAUUGAAACUAGAUCCAACUUAUGUUAAGGCAUAUCAGAGAAGAGCAGCUGCAAGAACAAGUUUAAAUAAACUGGAACAUGCAGAAUCAGAUCUCUUGAGAGUAAUAGAAUUAGAACCAAAAAAUAAGGAAUCUCUAGGAGAGUUGAAUAAAUUGAGACAAAAACUCAAGCAAAAAGUGGAGAAACCUCCUGAACAAAGGCCCAUCUCAAAGUUCACUGCUUCUAGAAAUCCACAAGGUGCCACAGCUAAAUCCAAUUUUUCCCAAUAUGAUAUCUUUCCAAAAGAGGUUCCUAGUGAUACUAAAAAAGUAGACAAUAAACCAAUUUCCUUUUGGAGAACAGAUGACAAUGUAAUAGAAGUGAAACCAAUUCAAAAAGCCCCUCAUUUGAGGUCUACAAAGCCCCUGAAAAGAAUAAAAAUAAAAGAAGAAGAUGAAAUUAUACUGGAAGAAAAAUCAGAUACUACAAUUGAAAAUACAAGAAUUGAGGAACCAGUUAAAAAACAUGUGUUUGAGAAACAGGAAAUGAAAAUAGUUGAAGAUGUUGAAAGACCAACAUCUGCUUUCAAACAACAGAAAGAUGAACAAGCAGUAGAAAAAAACAAAAAAAUAGGGGACACUUCUUGGCCAAAACCUGAAAAUCAAAGUCUCCACAUCAAUAGUGAUGAUUUCAGAAUAAUUGAAAGAAAGGAAGCAUCUAUAACAAAAGAUGUUAAAAAUACAGUGAAUGAUAGUAAAAAAUCAGCAGAAACCCUGUUUGUCAGUCCCAAGAGCUCAGUGCAGUUUUAUUCAACAUGGAAAGACUUCAAGAAUACUCAUGACAAAUAUCUUUAUUUGAAGUAUAUUAAUCCUAAGGAUUUACCCAAAAUAUUCUUGAAUACCCUAGACAGUAACAUAUUCAGCAACAUUUUGGCUGUUAUGGCUGAAUACUUUGUGGAAAAUAAGGAUUCUGUAUUUGAUAUUUUGAAUCAUUUCACUGAGGUAAAGAGAUUCAGUGCCAUUACCAUGUUUUUGAGUAGUGAAGAUAAAAAUAAUUUAUGGAAAUUGUUUGAUUACAUUAAGGAAAACGAAGAUAGAACAAAUGACAAAGUUGAUGAGUUGAUUCAGAAGUUUGAAUUGUGAACUCUAGAAAAUACAAAAAAUUAGAAAAAGUUGUUUUCUGCCUGAGGUCUUCUCUUUAUCUCAACAUUCAUGAAAUUAUUUCAUGGACUUUUUGCACUUGUGAUUUCUUGAAUUAUUAUAUUCUUUAAUUAAAAUUAAUUUUCAAAAUCUGUUUAAUUGUAACCUAUCUAUGUCUACUGUUAUCAUCAUCAUGGCAACAUGGUUAACUAUAUGUGGUCAUAUCUAGGUAGGUAUACCAGUAUUCCUUCCCAGAUGAAAGAUUUACUCAUCUGUAGUAAUUUUAUACAGGUUGUAAAUCUUGUUAUCACAGGGUCGGAUAGGGCAGCGAUGGUCCAUCCUCGCGAACCUUAUGAAUAGUUGUAUGUACCUACAGUACUUAUUAAUAAAAUGCCUAUUUCUUGAUAAGCCCGGACUGCUCAGCCCCCUCAAAAAUAGCCUGGAUUCGUUCCUGAGUUAUCAUCAAAUUCAGAGCAUGAGUAGAUGAAUAGGUACCUAUAA